AUGGUAGACAACACUGGUGGUGCUGAGGCCCAGCAGGGGCCAGACUCACUGUUAUCACAUCAAGGACCAGAGAUUUGCAUGUCGCCAUGGUGGUUUCUGGUGGAGGAACUGAAGGACCUGCUGGUGUUUUACUUGGAGAUGUGGUUGGUGGAGCUGAUCUUCUAUAAGCUAGUCCGGAAUGUGCUUGUGGGCCAGACUGGGAAUGAUCCCAGUCCAGAUCAAGCUAUGAUUCUGAAAGUUGAAUGGAUGAUAGGUUCUGUGGACUCUAGGGACCUAGCCAAAAUCACAAUUGUUGGGCAGCCCUGGGUACAGAAUCAGAUGAAGAGUCAGGACCUGGCCUUGACAUCAUUGCACAGGAAUGGAGGACACCAAAGUGAGAAGAUGGAACAACUUAAAGAGUUCUCGAAGGCCCAUGCUUCAAGUCCCCGGAGUCCCCAGCAUCCCAUUGCUUAA